UUGAUCUUCAUCAAAGCACUACUUCAUCAUACGAUUUCAGCACGAGCCGCUGUAGCCUCAAGAUGUGGAAUUCCGCCUGCAAGGCAAACUCCUCUUAAAACUAACAACUCUGUGAAUCCCCCGGGAAGUGUUUCGCAACCCGGAUCGAGGAGCACGUCACCUUCCCGAACGAGCGGUAGUCGUCGUCCUGUUCCAGUGGCUUCUACCCCGUCGGUGAUGUCUUCAAGUCGAAUCGGCAUUGGAGUUGGCAGAGCACGUCAAAUAAGCACAAGAGAAGCAAGUCCAAGAAGAUUCAGUGGCGGCACAUUGAGCCGUGGAGCAAGCGCAAAUGGUCACAAUAGCGGCGCAGAUACGCGACAAUUGUGUAAUGCUAUUAGGAAUUUCUCUUUCACAGCUGACGAGGAGGAGUUUUCGUUGGGUGUUUUAAGGUAUGACCAAGCUGGUCUCACAGAUGCUUUGAAUGCUUGCACGUCGUCAAAUCUGAACGAGAGGAAAGAUGGGCUACGUUCUCUGCUGGAAAUUCUUAAAUCUCGACGCAAUAUUCCUCCUCCAGAUAUAAAAAAGAUAUGCGAUGUCUUAAACAAACUUCUCACUGAAGGGAAUCACAAGCUCUUGUCUAUGGUAAUGGAUAUACUGAAUGUGUUUGUGUCGUCGUAUCACGACAGUUUAGGCGAUUGGUUGCAAUUCCUUUUGCUAAGACUUCUUCAUAAAAGUGGUGUUGAAAUCCUCCCUACUGUUGUGCAACCAUUAAAUAUGGCCUUGAAAGCAGUACGCACUACAUUCCGGCCAGAACUUCAGUUAAUAGCUAUUUGCAAAAAUAUACAGGAUCCAAUCCAAACACCGCCCGUAAAGGUAAAGCUCUCCUUCAUUUAA